AUGUUGGGUAUUGAUUGCCCAAAGCCCUGAAAGGGGAGAUGGCCAACGGCACCCUUCGACCCGCGCUUCCCCAAGCAGAACCAGACCCGUAACUGUUACCAGAACUUGCUGGACUACCAUCCCUGCGUUAAGAGGAUGAGGCACCGAGGGAAAAGCACACAGCACUACGAGUAUUACUUCCGCGUGUUCCACGCGCUGUGCCCCAUGAGCUGGGUGCAGCGCUGGACCGAGAUCAAGGACGGGACUUUCGCUGCCAAAAUCUAACGGCCCGAGGGCGGCUUCUCCGAGGGAUCAGUAUCAGUGUCAUCAC